AAAACGCACACACUCUCUCUCACUCUCUAUCUCUCUCUCUCUCUCUCUCUCUCUCUCUCUCUCUCUCAAAGUUGCAGAAAGAGAAAGAAAAAGCCCUUGGUGUUUGGCAGCAUCGUCUCCGAUGCCUCCAAGGAAGAAAUCCAAUUCUUCUUCUUCGAACGCAACGACGUCGUCAAGGAAAUCGAACCAGAGCAACCACCAUCCCCAACCUUCCAAGUUCGGCAUCCAACAUUUCUUCGAGCGCCAUACUCAGAAUCCACUCUUAUCUGCUUCUCAGAACCCCAAAAUUCAAAAUGCCCCCAAUCCUCUCCCUCCUUCUUCAAACCCUCUCCCCAUUUCCGAUUCGCUGCCUACAAACUCCGCUCGCAUUGACGACGUCAACGGCAAUGUCGCCUCUUUAGCUCCUAAAGACGCCAACAAAGGGACCCAUUCGAAGUUGGGAGCUCCGAUUCAUGCAUCGCAGAAUACGCCGCUGGAGAACUUGGUUCCGGCUGGUGUUGAUGCUGAUGAAGGAUUGUCUGAGGUGUCUCCCGAGAUUUCCAAGUCGGCUAAACGUUUCAAGUUCUCGCCUGGAAUGUUGAUAAAGCAGAGCCAGGAUGAUGGAGGUGAUGAGAUCACAUGGAAGAUAUCUCCGGUGAAUGAAAGACUGCAAGCCGUUUCGAAGCGGAUGGUGCCUGAGAUGGUUCAAAUGUUGGCAGACUCUUCCAGGCUUAGUGCUUUAAGCAUUCAUCAAUGCUCUCAUAAUAAAAACUCUCCUUCUACUGCUGGAAAGAUUGAGAAGUGGCUAUCUUCCCCUACAUUGAAGGCUCCUGAAAGGUCUUUGGUAUCAACGAACAGGGUUGGUUUAAAAAGGGUAAACCCGGAUCAUGAUAAUGGAACUGCACGUGAUGUGACCAACUAUGCAGUAGCCACUACACAGAGUCCGUUUCGUACUCCACCAUCUCUAUCAUAUUGCCAUGAUAAGCCUGCUAAUGGUGUCGCAUGUCAUGGAGUAUCUAUUCAGCCAGGAUUAAGGCAGCACAAGAAGGCAUUGCUUGAGCUCUUGGAUCAGGUGGAGGAUGUCAUUUCUGUUGAAGAUUCCGAGUCUGACAAAGUGGAGGCAUCUGUACGCCAAGUUCAAACUAGGAAAUGUGAUGAGAUUCCUGUCAAAGUGGAACUUGAAGUUAAAAGUGUGGCUGCACAUUUUCCAGAGAAGAUUAUGAGGGGAAUUUCUUGUUAUAAUUUUCUUGUAUUGGAGGUAUCAGAAAAGUGUGGACCUGCUGAUGCAUCUAGUGCCGUAUGCCCUUAUAAGGUUCUUCGCUUAUUGAAUGAGCAAAGUGGAGUAGAGCGUGCUGUAUAUUUGUGGGAAGAGUGGUUCUACAGUGUCAUUGCCCCUGGAGAUACUGUCAAUGUAAUUGGUGAAUUUAAUGAAAAGGGAAUCUGUCAUGUUAAUCAUGAAAGGAAUUUUGUAAUUGUUCAUCCUGAUAUACUGGUAUCUGGAACUCGGGUUGCUGCUAGUUUCAAUUGCCCAAGGAGAACUGUCCUGGAUGAGAGGCUUAGAUGCAGUGAACACGCAGCUCCAGCAUUAAUUGGUACAUUGUUGCACCAAAUUUUUCAGGCUGGACUUACAAAUGAGAGGCCUACUACGACAUUCUUGGAGGAAUAUGCAAAAAUUGUGCUCCAAAAUAACAUUGAGAGCUUGUAUGCAUGUGGAGUAAAUGAAAAUGACAUCCUCAGAACCUUGAUUGAUGCCAUCCCAAAAUUGUUGAGUUGGGUCAACCUCUACAAAAAUCCAGAGGACUCUAAAACCCCUACUGUUGAUUUUGGAUCUGAUUCUGGAAGCAAAAAGGUCAGCAUAACUGAGGUAUAUGAUAUUGAGGAGAUGGCAUGGGCUCCAAAAUAUGGUUUGAAGGGGAUGAUCGAUGCUUCUGUUAGAGUAAAAAUUGAAUCAAACAAUUGUGAUAAUAAUGAGAAGGUUAUGCCUCUAGAGUUUAAAUCUGGGAAAGUGCCGAAUGGCCAGUCAUCUACGGAACAUAGUGCCCAAGUAAUUUUAUAUACUCUUCUGAUGUCUGAAAGGUACCUGAAGGAUAUUGAUUGUGGGCUUCUAUAUUAUCUUCAGUCAGAUCAGACACAGGGAAUUGUGGUCCGAAGAUCUGACUUGAUUGGGCUAGUCAUGCGUCGUAAUGAACUUGCAAGUGAUAUUCUCAAGGCAUCAACAAAACAAUUACUGCCCCCAAUGUUACAGAGUCUGAGCAUGUGCAAAGGCUGUCGACAUCUUAAUGUUUGUACCAUCUAUCAUAAGGCGCACGGUGGAAGCACGGAGAGCAGUGGAUUGGGAGAUUUAUUUGAUUCAAAAACUGACCACCUAACAACUGCUCAUGGUGUUUUCCUUAGGCAUUGGGAUUGGUUGAUUGACUUAGAAGCUAAAGAGAUGCAGCUUGCAAAGAGAGAAAUCUGGCGCUCACGUAGUUUGGAAAGUGAUAAUGCCACAAGUUGUCUCUUUUCUAUUGUUCUUGGUGAUGAGUUUCCAAACUUCAAAUCUGAUAACAGAUUCAUAUAUCAUUUUGUGCCCUGCAAUCUUCAUUCUCUCAGUGGAAAGAUAUCUGAUAUGGAUUCUCUGAAUGCCACCUCAUCGCUAAAAAAAGAUGUGAAUUGCUCAUUAAGAACUGGAGACCAUGUGAUACUCAGCACUGAACCUGGUCAUCUAAUUAUUGCAAGUGGGGUCGUGACAGAUUCAAGUGACCAGCAUGUUUCUGUUUCUCUUGCAAAGCAACUAAGGCUUCCAGGGAACACACCUUCUGAGGCAUGUGAUCUCCUUCAUGAGGUCUGGCGGAUUGACAAGGAUGAAUUCAUGACUUCAUUUACUAUCAUGAGGUUUAACGUUGUUCAACUUUUUCUACCAAGUGUACAAAGUACUCAUCUUAGGAAGAUGAUUGUUGACCUUGAGGCUCCUAGAUUUGACAGUGGAUGUAUAUUAAGCCAGGAUCCAGCAAUAUCUUAUGUAUGGUCAGAGAAAAAUCUAAAUGAUGAUCAGCGUCGAGCCAUUCUUAAGAUACUCACAGCAAAGGAUUAUGCUCUCAUAUUAGGAAUGCCUGGAACAGGCAAGACGUCUACCAUGGUGCAUGCUGUUAAGGCCUUGUUAAUUAGAGGUGCAUCCAUUUUGCUUACAUCCUACACAAAUUCUGCUGUGGAUAAUCUACUAAUCAAAUUAAAGGCUCAGAACAUUGACUUUAUACGCAUUGGAAGACAUGAAGCUGUGCAUGAAGAAGUACGAGAGCAUUGCUUUUCAGCAAUGAAUUUACAAAGUGUCGAGGAGAUUAAAACAAGAUUAGACCAAGUCAAAGUAGUUGCAGUUACAUGUUUGGGGAUUACUAAUCCCUUGUUCGCCAGCAAGAAGUUUGAUAUAUGCAUCAUGGAUGAAGCUGGACAGACAACUCUUCCAGUAUCUUUGGGGCCAUUGAUGUUUGCUUCAACGUUUGUCCUUGUUGGUGAUCAUUAUCAGUUACCUCCUCUUGUCCAGAGUACAGAGGCCCGUGAAAAUGGAAUGGGGGUAAGCUUGUUUCGCAGGCUAUCGGAAGCACAUCCUCAGGCAAUUUCUGCUUUGCGAAGCCAGUAUCGUAUGUGUCAAGAGAUUAUGGAACUAUCGAAUGCAUUGAUAUAUGGUGACAAGUUGCGUUGUGGUUCCUCUGACAUAGCUGAUGCCAAACUUAAAUUAUCCAGUUUAAAGCUUGGUUCAUCAUGGCUAAAAGAGAUCUUAAAUCCAAGCAGGCCGGUUAUAUUUAUUAAUACAGAUAUGUUGCCUGCUUAUGAGGCAAAGGAAGACAAGAUCAUAAACAACCCAAUGGAAGCUCGGAUAGUUGUAGAGGUCACGGAGGAGUUAGUUAACAGUGGAAUUGAAGGGGAAGAUAUAGGCAUAAUCACUCCCUAUAACUCCCAGGCAAAUGUCAUUCUUCAAGCGAUAAACCUAUCCUCUGUUGAAAUACAUACUAUUGACAAGUACCAGGGAAGAGAUAAGGACUGUAUACUGGUUUCAUUUGUUAGGUCUAGUGAAAAUCCUAGAAACUGCGCUUCAUCAUUGCUUGGAGACUGGCAUAGGAUUAAUGUGGCCUUAACACGUGCCAAGAAAAAGUUGAUAAUGGUAGGAUCAUGCAAAACCCUAUCAAGGGUUCCACUGAUGAAGCUUCUCAUUGAGAAAGUUGAAGAGCAAUCAGGCGUCAUCAGUGUGUCCAAGAUGGAUAUCGACUGCACAAGAAUGCUGAAGAAAUGCUCACAGCUCAGAUAGAUCAUAAAGUUUUGGCUUUGCUUUUUUUGGCAGUUUGUAAAUAGAAAAUUUUGAUGAUCAUUAUUUUCUUUGUAACAAGUACGAGGUUGUAUAUAGAUGCAACAAUUAUUUUGUAACAGUUAAGUAAAUGCGAACAAAUUUACAGGCACGGGGAGCUUUUGAUGUAUCAUUUCAAUGACAGUAGAGAUUAUAUAAUAAAGAGAAUGAAAUCGGAUGGAGUCA